AUGCACCUUAAGCCAUACUGGAAAUUCCAGAAGAAAGGGCAACCUCUGGAAAUCGGCACGCAAACUCUGAGAACUCCUAUGAGCCACCAACGGGCUAUCAGCGAUGAAGAAUGCAAAGCUAGCUGUAUGAAAUCAAGUGUCUUUCCUUCAGCUUCUCUUGGUAAAGCAUCAUCUCGAAAGCCUUUUGGAAUCCUUUCUCCAAAUGUUCUGUGCAGCAUGAGUGGGAAGAGUCCUGAAGAGAGCAGCUUGAAUGUUAAAACCAAGAAGAAUGUACCAUCUGCAACAAUCCACCAGGGUGAAGAAGGGGAAGGGCCACUCGAUAUCUGGGCUGUUGUGAAACCGGGAAAUACCAAGGAAAAGAUAGCAUUCUUUGCAGCCCACCAGUGCAGUAAUAGAAUAGGAUCUAUGAAAAUAAAAAGCUCCUGGGAUAUUGAUGGGAGAGCUACUAAAAGAAGGAAAAAAUCAGGGGAUCUUAAAAAAGCCAAGAUACAGUUAGAAAGGAUGAAGGAGGUCAACAGCAGAUGCUACCAGCCUGAGCCUUUUGCAUGUGGCAUCGAGCACUGUUCUGUGCAUUACGUGAGUGACGGCGGGGACGGCAUGUAUGCCGGGAGGCCUCUGUCGGUCAUACAGAUGGUGGCCUUCCUUGAGCAAAGAGCCAGCGCUCUGCUAGCCAGUUGUGCGAAAAACUGCACUCACUCACCUGCUGUGGUGCGGUUUUCCGGGCAAUCCAGAGGUGGACCUCCAGCCCCCGAGCCUUUGUCCGCCCCAGGAGCAUGUGAAGAACCUGCAGAAAGGAGAAAUCCUGAGGUUGGUGAACCACAGGGCGAGCCCGUCCGUGUCCUCGACAUGGUAGCCAGGCUGGAGUCCGAGUGCCUGAAGCGGCAGAGCUAG